AUGGUAUAUACACCUAUUCCAGUAACUACAAAUACAGUCAUCGUAAAUCAACUUUCUGGAAGUAAUUCAAGUAAUAAUAGUAACCACAACGGGAAUACUCCAGCCCAAAGAUCAAGGGGCUCUAGCUUUAACGCUUUAUUGACAUCCAUAGGCAUAAGACAACAACAUCCAAACGAGCAACGUCUAUCUGGGUCCACACCCUUCGCUUCAAAUUUGAAUAGUAUAGAAAACCUGCCUGCCAUCCAACAAGAACAACAAGAACACCAAGGCCACCAAGAGCAACAGCAACCAGAUACUCGGCAAGAUCCAAGAAUUCAAAUGCAAAUACAAUCACAAGCUCAUUUAACUCAUUCCAAUCAUUCAAGGUAUCAUCUGCCUAUAUCAUUAUCAUUAACUGCUCUACCACAAUCAAAUGCCAAUAUCCAAGAGUCAAAUAAUAAUAUGGAUCACGGUAUUGAUCAACCACAAUUACAAUCACAAUCGCAAUAUAAUACUGUGAACCCUCGUGCUACAAAUACAAUGGAAUCAUUCCCAUCAAACACAGCUAGCAAUAACGUUUCGAAUACAAGCACCAAUCCGUUCUUCCAAAAUAGUGGUCAUAACACGAAUAGUAAUAAUAAUAAUAAUAAUAAUAAUCAACAACUAAUUGAUCCCAAUAUUGUCAACAGCACUAAUCCUACUAAUGAAAAUAAUAAUGAUAAUAAUAUACUUAAUUCAAAAAACUUACGUCAUUUUGUCUACGGACCAGAUCAAAAAAAUGUAAAAGAAAUAUUAUCAUUAGAUUUACCACCUGAUACAACAUUACCUGAUUCCAUUGACUCACAAACUUUACAAGAACGUAAAAAUAAACGAGGUUUCUUCAGUAUCAGAUUGACUCCAUUCAUUGAUACAUCAUCUACUUCCAAUCAAGGUUUAUUCUUUGAUCCAGUAAUUAGAACUGCAGGUCCCGGAUCUCAAUUAGUCAUUGGAAGAUACACUGAACGAGUGAGAGAAGCCAUAUCAAAGAUCCCUGAACAAUAUCACCCUGUAGUGUUCAAGUCAAAAGUCGUAUCAAGAACUCACGGUUGUUUUAAAGUGGAUGAAAUGGGGAAUUGGUUCGUAAGAGAUGUGAAGUCUUCAAGUGGAACCUUUUUAAAUCAUCAAAGAUUAUCUCCCGCAUCAACCAUGUCCAAAGAUAUUUUAUUACAUGAUGGUGAUAUUAUUCAAUUAGGAAUGGAUUUUAGAGGUGGUACUGAAGAAAUUUAUCGUUGUGUUAGAAUGAGAGUGGAAUUAAAUAGAUCAUGGAAAUUAAGAGCUAAUGCAUUUAACAAGGAAGCAUUACAACGAAUAAAAAAUUUACAAAAAAUUAUGAUUCAAGAUCCAUCACAACAACAACAACAGGAGCAGGAUCAUGCAAAUGAAGAUGAAGAUUGUUCCAUUUGUUUAUCAAAGAUUAAAGCUUGCCAAGCUAUUUUCAUCUCACCUUGUGCUCAUAGUUGGCAUUUCCAUUGUAUUAGAAGAUUGGUCAUGUUAACUUAUCCUCAAUUCGUUUGUCCUAAUUGUAGAUCCGCAUGUGAUUUGGAAGCUUCACUAGAGAGUAGUGAUGAAGAAAGUGAAAGUGAAUUGGAAAGUGAAGGAGACCAAAUUGUGGAUAUUCCAACUGCAAAUUCCAAUGCCAAGAAUUGA